GCUGCGCCCACAGACGCCGCUGCGGUGCCAGGUUGGGAGCAGGGACACCCGCGGAGAUACAAGGACAGGUCUCUCCCAGGAUGGCUGUGAGGGAGGCUCCUAGGAUAUCGGAUCCCAUGGCUUCCUGGACAGGAUCCUGGUGGCUGCUGAGAUGGAUGAUCUUUGUGUUCCCUGGCCUUCUGCAGGCUGCAGCAGAGAAGUCUCCUGGAGCCUACUUCCUUCCUGAGUUUGCGCUGUCUCCUCAGGGAAGCUUCCUUGAAGACACCACGGGGGAACAGUUCCUUACAUAUCGCUAUGAUGACCAGACCUCAAGAAACACUCAUUCAGAUGAAGACAAAGAUGGGAACUGGGAUGCUUGGGGAGACUGGAGUGACUGUUCCAGGACCUGUGGGGGAGGAGCCUCCUAUUCUCUGCGGAGGUGUCUGACUGGAAGAAACUGCGAAGGACAGAACAUCAGAUACAAGACAUGCAGCAAUCAUGACUGCCCAGCAGAUUCGGAAGACUUCAGAGCCCAGCAGUGCUCAGCCUAUAAUGACGUGCAGUACCAGGGCCAUUAUUAUGAAUGGAUUCCACUAUACAAUGACCCUGCUGCCCCAUGUGCACUCAAGUGUCAUGCUCGGGGACAGAGUUUGGUAGUGGAGCUGGCCCCGAAAGUGUUGGAUGGGACUCGUUGCAAUGCUGACUCACUGGAUAUGUGCAUAAGUGGUAUCUGCCAGGCCGUGGGCUGUGACAGACAGCUGGGAAGUAAUGCCAAGGAAGACAACUGCGGUGUCUGUGCAGGGGACGGCUCCACCUGCAGGCUGGUGAGGGGUCAGUCCAAGAUACACCUGGCUCCUGAGAAAAAGGAAGAAAAUGUGAUUGCGGUUCCUUUGGGCAGUCGAAGUGUCAGAAUUACUGUGAAAGGACCUGCCCGUCUUUUUAUUGAGUCAAAAACACUUCAAGGAAACAGAGGAGAACACAGUUUCAACAGUCCUGGGGUUUUUGUUGUGGAAAACACAACAAUUGAGUUUCAGAAGGGUGCUGACAGACAUACCUUCAAGAUUCCCGGACCCCUGAUGGCUGAUUUCAUCUUCAAGACCAGGCACACUGUGGCCAAAGGCAGCGUUGUCCAGUUCUUCUUUUACCAGCCCAUCAGCCAUCAGUGGAGACAGACGGACUUCUUUCCUUGCACCGUGACAUGUGGAGGAGGGUAUCAGCUCAACUCUGCUGAGUGCAUGGACAUCCGCUUGAAAAGAGUGGUGCCUGACCACUAUUGUCAUUACUAUCCAGAAAAUGUGAAGCCCAAACCAAAGCUGAAGGAAUGCAGCAUGGAUCCUUGCCCGUCGAGUGAUGGAUUUAAAGAGAUUAUGCCCUAUGACCACUUUCAACCACUCCCUCGCUGGGAACAUAAUCCGUGGACUGCAUGUUCAGUGUCCUGUGGAGGAGGGAUUCAGAGACGGAGUUUCGUGUGUGUAGAGGAGUCUAUGCAUGCAGAGAUACUACAGGUAGAAGAAUGGAAGUGCAUGUAUGCACCCAAGCCCAAGGUGAUGCAAACUUGCAACCUAUUUGAUUGCCCCAAGUGGGUUGCCAUGGAGUGGUCUCAGUGCACAGUGACUUGUGGCCGAGGGUUGCGCUACCGAGUGGUUCUGUGUAUCAACCACCGUGGGCAGCACGUCGGGGGAUGCAACCCACAAAUGAAGCUGCACAUCAAGGAAGAGUGUGUCAUCCCCAUCCCAUGCUAUAAGCCUAAAGAAAAAAGUCCAGUGGAAGCAAAAUUACCUUGGCUGAAACAAGCCCAAGAGCUAGAAGAGACCAGAAUAGCCACAGAAGAACCAAAGUUCAUCCCAGAGCCCUGGUCAGCCUGCAGCACCACGUGUGGGCCUGGCAUUCAGGUGCGCGAGGUGAGGUGUCGGGUGCUCCUCACAUUCACACAGACAGAGACUGAGCUCCCUGAGGAGGAGUGUGAAGGUCCCAAGUUGCCCACCGAGCGACCCUGUCUCCUUGAAGCCUGUGACCAGAGUCCUAUGUCUCCAAAGCUGAGUGGCACUCUCCAGGAGAAGGACAGUGAGAUGAUUUACGACUGGGAGUAUGCUGGUUUUACGCCCUGCACUGCAACAUGUUUGGGAGGCCGGCAAGAAGCCAUUGCUGUGUGCUUACACAUCCAGACCCAGCAGACUGUCAAUGACAGCCUCUGUGACCUAGUUCACCGUCCUCCAGCAAUGAGUCAGGCCUGUAACACGGAGCCCUGCCCACCCAGAUGGCACAUGGGCUCUUGGGGACCCUGCUCAGCUACCUGUGGUGUUGGAAUCCAGACCCGAGAUGUAUACUGCCUACAUCCUGAGGACUCCCCAGCCCCUCUGGAGGAAUGCAGAGAUGACAAGCCUCAUGCCUUACGAGCAUGCAAUCAGUUUGAUUGCCCUCCUAGCUGGCAUAUUGAAGAAUGGCAGCAGUGUUCCAGGACAUGUGGUGGGGGAAUGCAGAACCGGAGAGUCACCUGUCGGCAGCUGCUAACGGAUGGAAGCUUUUUGAAUUUGUCAGAUGAAUUGUGCCAAGGACCCAAAGCAUCUUCUCACAAGUCCUGUGCCAGGACAGACUGCCCUCCACAGCUGACUGCUGGAGACUGGUCAAAGUGCUCUGUCACCUGUGGUGUUGGAUUCCAGAGAAGAAAGCAGACGUGUCAAAGGCUGACUGCCAAAGGCCGGCGUGUGCCCCUCAGUGAAACGCUGUGCAGGGGCCUGCCCGGGCUACCCCUCGUGAGACCUUGUCAGAUGCCUGUGUGCAGCAAAAUGAAACUUGGGACAAAGACGCGACUUGGAGAGAGGGGUCCCCAGAUUCUCGGUGUUCGGAGAGUCUAUAUUCAGACAAGAGAGGAGAAACGCAUCAACCUGACUAUUGGCAGUAGAGCCUACUUGCUGCUCAAUACAUCUGUGAUCAUCAAAUGCCCUGUAAGACGCUUCCAGAAAUCUCUGAUCCAGUGGGAGAAGGAUGGCCAUUGUCUGCAGAACUCCAAGCAGCUUGGCAUCACCAAAUCAGGCUCACUAAAGAUCCACAGUCUUGCAGCCCCUGACAUUGGUGUGUACAGAUGCAUUGCAGGCUCUGCACAGGAAACCAUUGUCCUCAAGCUCAUUGGGACAGACAAUAGACUCAUUGCUCACCCAUCCCUCAGAGAACACCUGCGGGCUCACUCUGGGGUAAACCACAAUGAAGCCAAUAGUUUGGGAGCCACAUGGCAUAAAAUGCGUCAGAAGUGGAACAGCCAAAAUGAGCUUUACCUGCACAAUGGGGAAAUCAACAACCAGCUGUUCUUAAGAGCUCUGUUAGGGCCAUGCAGGAGCUCUGCAGGAAACACCAACUCAUGGGAGUUUAAGACCAAGCAGUUUGAGGCAGCCAUGAAACAGGGAGCAUACAGCAUGGACACAACCCAAUUUGAUGAGCUUAUAAGAAACAUGAGCCAACUUAUGGAGACAGGAGAGGCCAGUGAUGACCUCGCAUCUCAGAUGAUAUAUCAGCUGGUAGCUGAGUUGGCCAAAGCUCAGCAGAUGCCUGUCCAGCAGAGGGGCAUCCAUGAGGAGGCUGCUGAGGCUCAGCUCAGAGGGGAGACAGGUAGAGCUCCCCAAAGCUCCACAGUAAAAACCUCAGGCAAGCUGACUUUUAAGCCAAAAGGACCUGUUCUCAUGAGACACACCCUACCCCCUUCAGUUUCAUUUAACAAAACAAUAAAUGCAAGGAUUGGGAAUACAGUAUACAUUACAAAAAGCACAGAGGCCAUCAAUAUACUUUGCAAUCUUAUUACUCCCAGCAGUGAGGCCACGUAUACAUGGACCAAGGAUGGAGCAUUGCUGCAGCCCUCUGUGAAGAUCAUUUUGGAUGAAACUGGGAAGCUGCAGAUAAAAAAUCCUACAAGGAAAGAGCAAGGGAUAUAUGAAUGUUCCGUAGCUGAUCAUCUCGGUUCAGAUGUGGAAAAUUCAUUGGUGUUGUAUGCAGAGGCACCUGCCAUCUUGUCUAUUGAAAGAAAUGUCACCAAACCAGAGCACAGCCAUCUGUCUGUUGUGGUGGGAGGCACUGUGGAGGCAGCCCUUCAGGCAAAUGUGACAAUCCACUGUCCUGUAAAAGGUGUCCCUCAGCCUAAUGUAACUUGGUUGAAGAGAGGAGGAUCUCUGAGUGACAAUGUUUCCUUGCUUUUCAAUGGAUCCCUGUUGUUGCAGAAUGCUUCCCUUGAAAAUGAAGGAACCUACGUUUGCACAGCCACCAAUGCUCUUGGGAAAGCAGUGUCAGCCUCUGUGCUCCAUGUACUGGAACGAAGAGGACUGAGCAGUAAGACUGUAUUUCCUAAGGCUCAGAAAAAGUGUGUUCUCCAGGUAUCCAACAGCAGAGCCAACAGCAACAACUCAACAAGAAAGACCCUGCCUCAAGAGCCUUUUUGGAAACCUGGUAACUGGACACAUUGUUCUGCCACCUGUGGCUCCUUGGGAGUCCGCCUCCAGAGGCCCCACUGUGUAGUGGCCAGUGGGCAGGAAGUGAGUGAAGCCCUUUGUAGGCCUCACAGGAAGCCGCUAACUGGGUUUCAGUCUUGUAACACCCGGGAUUGCCCAGCAAGGUGGUUCACAAGUGUGUGGUCAGAGUGCUCUGUAUCUUGUGGUGAAGGAUUUCACAGUCGGCAAGUGACAUGCAAACAGACAAAAGCUAAUGGGACUGUACAAGUGGUGUCCCCAAGGACAUGCGUUCCUAAAGACAGGCCUCUGGGGAGAAAAUCGUGUUCAGUCCGUCCAUGUGUUCAACAGGCCAUCGACCCAGGAAACCAGUGUCCUGGACGCUGCAUGGGCCACGUCAUGAGGACACACACACCCUGUGCCCACAACAGCUCCAUCUCUGACUGUGAGAACGGAAGGAGACCUGCCUUUAGGAGGAACUGUACCUCAGGGCCCUGUCAGACAUGUUGGCGUGUGGGGCCCUGGAAGGCCUGUACAGCAGUCUGCGGCAGAGGCUUCCAGUCUCGCAAAGUUGACUGCAUUCACACAGGGAGCUGCAAACCGAUGGCUGACAGACACUGUGUGCAGAUGAAACCAGCUUCCUGGAGGCACUGUCUUGGGCCUUCCUGUGAUAAAAACUGCACUGACACAACUCACUACUGUACGUUCGUAAAGCACCUUAACUUGUGCUCUCUGGCCCUCUACAAACAAAGGUGUUGUCUGUCAUGCCAAGAAGAAUAAAGUGGUGGCAGGAUUGUGAUACUGCUGUGGUGAGAAAAGAAAAGUAUAGAGGCUCUUUCCCCCAUGUCUCUGGUUCAAAACCACACACUUCUUAAAGUUUCUAGAGUCUAUGAUGAAGCAGAGGUUGAGGCAGAAGCAGAACCUGUGCCAAUUUUGUAAAGUUAGCUUUUCCAGUGGUUUUUUUAACUCCAGUUUCUCCAAAUGAUGUAUUCUAGGUUUAUCAAAAAUGCAAAAGCAGCCAUGCCCUUGUUUGCGGGAUCUCAUCAUGAGCACAUCAUCACCUGCUGUGAUUUGUAGACCAGACAAAAGUGGUCCAUACUGAAGAC